UCUGCUGUGCGUUAGUAUGGAAGGCCAUGACUUCUAUUGCAUCAUAGCAAGCUGAUCUCAGCAUUACCAAGCCCGAGCAAAGAAGAUGCUUCGUGGGUUUUACUCCCUAGGUUUAAAAUAUUUCUAAAUAAAUUGUAUGAAGAGACGUCACUCUGACGAAGACUUUAAACAUUGUAUAUAACACAUUUAAGGGGCCGCAAACUCACUGAUAUUUCUGUCGCGGCCUUGUUAUUUCUUUUGGUAUUCCCUCCUCUGGCCUAAUUAACAACCUAACGACGGACCAUUAUAAGAACCAUGCAAGCCUUUACUGAGAAGCCAGCCCGGGGUGCCGAGUCUCAAUUUCAACCUGGUGAGUCACUACUUGACGAAAGUAAUUCUGGCGUUCCAUAACAACUGUGAAGGCCACCGAAUUCCCAUUCAUCACCAAAAAAAGCCUGGACUAGAGGCGGUAAUGCCGGACCCCAAGCCAACCUCCAUGUAUAUUCCCACAGAAGAUGGCGGGUGCCAGUCCUACAAAGCUGCAGGAAAGUUAGAGGGUAAAAGAGCCGUGAUUACAGGAGGAGAUUCUGGAAUCGGCCGCGCCAUUGCGAUCUUAUUCGCCAUGGAGGGGGCAUCUAGUCUGAUAAUCUACCUACCAGAAGAAGAAACAGAUGCCCAGGAAACAAAAAGAAGAACUAAAGAAGCUGGGCAUGAAUGCCAUUGCCUACCUCUUGAUAUCCGCAGUAAAGAGAACUGCCAAAAAAUUAUCGACUUUGCCAUUGAAUCUAUGGGAGGCAUUGAUAUACUGAUAAACAAUGCAGCAUUUCAGAAUAUGAUUCAAGAUAUAAAUGACUUAUCUGAAGAUCAAUGGCAAUGCACAUUUGAUACUAAUAUCCAUCCAUUCUUCUAUCUUUCAAAGUAUGCAAUCCCUAAUAUGAAAAAGGGUUCCACAAUAAUCAACUGUGCCUCGGUGAACCCCUAUAUUGGUAGAGGGGACCUAUUGGAUUAUACAUCCACUAAGGGUGCAAUCGUCGCAUUCACACGUGCAUUAUCUAAUCAACAGAUAAGCAAAGGUAUUCGUGUGAAUUGUGUAUGCCCUGGACCAAGUACGUUUCUAUUAAGAUAAGUAAAAUUGCCCAGAUGACUGAGAUCUCUUAUUAGUUUGGACACCCC